AUGCCGGUGCAGCUGACAACAGCCCUGCGCGUGGUGGGCACCAGUCUGUUUGCCUUGGCAGUGCUGGGUGGGAUCCUGGCAGCUUACGUGACAGGCUACCAGUUCAUCCACACAGAAAAACACUAUCUGUCCUUUGGGCUGUACGGUGCCAUCCUGGGCCUGCACCUGCUCAUCCAGAGCCUGUUUGCCUUCCUGGAGCACCGGCGCAUGCGACGGGCAGGCCGGACCCUGAAGCUGCCCUCCCCACUGCAGCGCUCGGUGGCGCUCUGCAUCGCUGCGUACCAGGAGGACCCCGACUACCUGCGCAAGUGCCUGCGCUCAGCCCAGCGCAUCGCCUUCCCCGACCUCAAAGUGGUCCUGGUGGUGGACGGCAAUCGCCAGGAGGAUGCCUACAUGCUGGACAUCUUCCACGAGGUGCUCGGUGGCACCGAGCAAGCUGGCUUCUUCGUGUGGCGCAGCAACUUCCAUGAGGCGGGUGAGGGUGAGACGGAGGCCAGCCUGCAGGAGGGCAUGGACCGCGUUCGGGACGUGGUGCGGGCCAGCACCUUCUCGUGCAUCAUGCAGAAGUGGGGAGGCAAGCGAGAGGUCAUGUACACGGCCUUCAAGGCCCUUGGUGAUUCAGUGGAUUACAUCCAGGUGUGUGACUCUGACACUGUGCUGGAUCCAGCCUGCACCAUUGAGAUGCUUCGAGUCCUGGAGGAGGACCCUCAAGUAGGAGGAGUCGGGGGAGAUGUCCAAAUCCUCAACAAGUACGAUUCAUGGAUCUCCUUCCUGAGCAGUGUGCGGUACUGGAUGGCCUUCAACGUGGAGCGGGCUUGCCAGUCCUACUUUGGCUGUGUGCAGUGCAUCAGCGGGCCCUUGGGCAUGUACCGUAACAGCCUCCUUCAGCAAUUCCUGGAGGACUGGUACCACCAGAAGUUUCUGGGCAGCAAGUGCAGCUUUGGGGAUGACCGGCACCUCACCAACCGAGUCCUGAGUCUCGGCUACAGGACUAAGUAUACAGCUCGUUCUAAAUGCCUCACGGAGACCCCCACCAAGUACCUCCGGUGGCUCAACCAGCAGACUCGCUGGAGCAAGUCUUACUUUCGGGAGUGGCUCUACAACUCUCUGUGGUUCCACAAGCACCACCUCUGGAUGACCUACGAGUCAGUGGUCACAGGUUUCUUCCCCUUCUUCCUCAUUGCCACGGUCAUACAGCUCUUCUACCGGGGCCGCAUCUGGAACAUUCUCCUCUUUCUGCUGACAGUGCAGCUAGUGGGCAUUAUCAAGGCCACCUACGCCUGCUUCCUGCGGGGCAACGCAGAGAUGAUCUUCAUGUCACUCUACUCCCUUCUCUAUAUGUCCAGCCUCCUGCCGGCCAAGAUCUUUGCCAUUGCUACCAUCAACAAGUCUGGCUGGGGCACCUCUGGCCGAAAAACCAUUGUGGUGAACUUCAUUGGCCUCAUCCCUGUGUCCAUCUGGGUGGCAGUCCUCCUUGGGGGGCUGGCCUACACAGCUUACUGCCAGGAUCUGUUCAGUGAGACAGAGCUGGCCUUCCUGGUCUCUGGGGCCAUCCUGUACGGCUGCUACUGGGUGGCCCUCCUCAUGCUGUACCUGGCCAUCAUCGCCCGGCGAUGUGGGAAGAAGCCAGAACAGUAUAGCUUAGCUUUUGCUGAGGUGUGA